AUGGUAUACCAAAGCUCGUCCUGGACGUUCGGAACGGUCUCGAACGAAUCCGGGACCAUCAUCGGACGGGUGGAGACGUCCGAUUGGAAAACGUGCUGGAAGAAGGGCGCGAACGGGCUGGACUCGUCCAUCGACCCCGCGCGGCGGGCGGCGCCAUUGGUGAGAGACGAGCGGAUGGCUGGAGAGGGGUGUUGUUGUGACCGUCGCAAGGUGGCAGGAGCUAAGGAUUUGGAGCUGAACGGGGGAAGGGAGGAGGAGGAGAGAGGGGGGGUAGUGAUCGACGAUGUUCGGCGUCCCCCUGCAUGCCGGCCUCUCCUUUCAGUCCUCGUGUCGUCCCUUGGCCCCAUCAGUGCCUCCCUGCACUACUCCGUUACGGUCCCCUCCCCCCUUCCCCUUCUGCUCCCCUUCCCCCCCACCGGUUCCCCUUUCCUCCCCUUUUUUCUCCUAUCCUCUUCGCGGCGUCUGGGGUGGCUCGGAAGCCAAGCCAUCUCAUCUCUUUCCCUAUACUACCUUCGCCUCCCCGCCCUGCGCGUCCCCUCCCUCCCCUGCGCCUACCUCCCAUGCCCACCCUCCCCUACUCCUCUAUGCCACCCUUCCUCCAUGCGCGCCCCCUCGCUCCGCCCUCCUCCCGCGGAGGUUCCGGAUGGCAAUGCGAGGGAGGAGGAGCUGGUGUUUGACACCGUGCAGGCUGCUCUGAUCCGGAAGGAAGGAGUAGCGAGGGAGGAGGAGCUGGUGUUUGACACCGUGCAGGCUGCUCUGGUGAGGCACGGGCCCGGAUGCAAUGGCAGUCCGGACGGAGCAGCGAGGGAGGAAGAGCUGGUGUUUGACUGCGUGCAUGCUGCUCUCGUGGCACACAGCCCUGGUCCGGACGGAGCAGCGAGGGAGGAAGAGCUGGUUUUCGACUGCGUGCAUGCUGCUCUCGUGGCACACAGCCCUGGUCCGGACGGAGCAGCGAGGGAGGAAGAGCUGGUGUUUGACUGCGUGCAUGCUGCUCUCGUGGCACACAGCCCUGGUCCGGACGGAGCAGCGAGGGAGGAAGAGCUGGUGUUUGACUGCGUGCAUGCUGCUCUCGUGGCACACGGCACGGGUCAGCUGCAGCGGCUGGAGCUGCGCUGUGUGGCGGAUGGGCGGGUGUUGCUGCAUGCUGCCAUCGCCACCUCCUUCUGGUGCCAGCCCCAGACGGAUGUGCGCGUGCACAUGGUCACACCAGACGGCACUCGCUGGAUCCUCAUUCCUACAGACUCUUCAGCAUUCCUUCUCGCCAUCGGCUUUGCUCGUGCGCUCGCCACGUCCCUCUCGGCGCACCUUGCAUCUGCGGCAGCACAGACCUACCCCCCGCAUGCCUACGUGCCGGUCCCUCCCACGCUGCAAUUACCACCUAACACCCUCCUGUUCCUCGACAUCACCCUUCAUCGAAUGCGCAAACCAGAAGCAGUAACAGCAGCAGCAGCAGCUGCUGCCACUGCUCAAGGCCAGUCAGGAGGAGCAGCUAGCAGCAGGCGUCGCAAGUCAUCCACACACUCUCUCCCGCACUCCUCAACUCCCAGCGAGGCCGACUUAGACCCGAACCAAGACCCAGACAUGGACGGUGAUAUGAGUGAUGCUCUUUCAGUCGUUUCUGCUGCAGACUCCAUCUCCUCCUCCUUCUCCUCCCGCUCAGCUCCUGUCAGCCCUUCCAAGCUCUUUCGCAACGCCUGGCCAGGAGGCCUCUCAUCUGCUUCUGGCCUGCACGGGUCAGCUUCCUCCCUCGCGUCGGCUUCUGCUAAGACGCCACCUGGCACGCCCCCAUUGGCUGGUGCUGCUGCCUCGGGAGUUCCGCUUGGGCGUACCAGUAUGGGUCGUGCAGCGAUUGAAAAAGGAGGGGAGGAGGCAGAAGGAGUGGAAGGGGUGAAGGGGGCAGAUGGGGUAAGGAGAUCAGGAGGGCCAGCAACAAAAGAGGUAGGAGGAGUUACAUCAGGAGCAGCAGCCAAUCGAGCAGCACAACAAGCCGUUUGCAAGGAUAAUGCUGCUGUGAAGGGUGCUGUUCAUACCAACUUGUCAGCAUGUGUAGGGAGCGCCACCAGAGGACAAAAUAGACAGGCUGGCAGGGAGGGAGAGGCAGGAGGGGAAGGGCCAGGAGAGGGGUUUAGGGAAGGUGUGACAGGAGGUUCGGGAGGAGUAAGGUAUGGUGGAGCAGCAGCAGAUUGGUCCGGUAUGGAUAGAUUACGUGCACUAGAGGACAAGAUUGACAGGCUGGCAGACAUUACACGACUCUGGCUGGGCAGGUCUGCUCCCUGGCCGGCCAGCUCCAGACGAGGCCAAAAACUGCCGCCCAGAGGUGCCGCUGCUAGUGGGAGAUCAGAGGAACGUGAUGGUGCUAUUGGGGGGACCAGCAGGGGAGACAGGAGACUGAAUGAUGUAUUAUCCCACCAUGCCAUUGGUGGAGAAUCGGAUAGAGAGAGCAGACGAGGUGAAGCAAUGGAGAGAGCAGUCAGAAGGCUGGUGGGGCUAGGGGUGGGAAACGGGGGUGGAAUUGGGAGUGGUACGGAGGCGAACGGGAGUGGUGCGGAUGGGAAUGCUCGGGAGGGAGAAGGAGGAAGGGGCAGAAAUGAGAGUGGUGAGGGGCGGGGAGAUGGAGAGGAGGAGGUUGCGUAUGGGAGUGAAGGAGGAGAUGAGGAGAAGGUUGCGUCAAGAAGAAGAGAAGUGCAAGAGGUGGGGGAAUGGGAGGGAGGGGGCACACCAAAGGAAGAGGAUAUGCAUUUCCCCACCGCUCGCCUUUCACCACAGGAAGGAGAGGAGAAGUGUGAUGGCAAAGGCAGAACAGAGGAGGAACUGGGGAAAGAGGCACAAGAGGAGGAAGGGGACGAGGAGGAGUGUUGGGAUUCACAGGAGGAGGAGGUGAUAGGGGUGGUGUCGCUGGUUCUGGCGGAAAACAGGGAGCUGAGGCACAUGCUGAGGAAGAGCCAGGAGAGAGAGAGGCGAGCAGCAGAGCGAUGCAGGGCGAUGGAAGCUGAAAUCAAUCGGCUCAAACAGCUAGUGCUGCAGCAGCCGGACUGCGGGGAAGCAAGGGACUUGCAGCAAGCUGACGAUGCGCCUUUUGAGGCACCUAGGGAUGUAGAGACAACGCCUCAAAACUUGCAGCGAGCGGAUGAUACCAUAUGA